AGACUGAGGUCUGUGCUGUAAAAGGAUCAAGAGUGGAAAUAAGAUGUGACUACACACACCCACCUGGAAUACGUUACAAUGAUAUAAAGGAAAGAUUCUGGUUCACUAAAGAGAAAGAUGGUGAACCUGUGGCUCUGAGGAGAGACUCUGAGUAUUCAGACCGUGUGAAGUACAGAUGUUUCGAUUCCCUGAAUAGUUGCUAUCUGGAGAUCACAAACCUGAGAGAGAGCGACUCAGCUGAGUACAAACUCACAUUCAGGACAAAAAAAGGAGAGAAAUAUACUGGUUCACCUGGAGUCACUUUGUUUGUCACAGACUCAGGUUGCCAGGUGCAGGUGAGCAUAUUAGAUUCUACCUGGUUGGAGCUGACGUGUCACAGCAGCUGUGUUCUGUCUCAUCAUCCUGGAUACAACUGGUUCAUGAAUGAAGAGAUCAUCCAGACAGGAUCUUCUCUUCUAGUCUCCUCUGGUUCUACAGACAGAUAUUCCUGUGGUUUAAGAGGAUCUUCUGGUCACCGUUCUCCUGCAGUGUAUGGUCCACAGCGUCCCUCUGUGUCAGUGAGUCCCUCUGCUGAGAUGAUGGAGGGUGGUUCAGUGACUCUGACCUGUAGCGCUGAUGCUAACCCAGCAGCUAACUACACCUGGUACAAGGAGCAUGAAGACUCACCACGAGCAUCAGGACAGAUGUUCACCAUCACUGACUUCAGAGCUGAACACAGUGGGAAUUAUUACUGUGAAGCCCAGAACGAGAUGGGACGUAGUACCUCCACCUUACUUCAGAUUACUUCUUCAGGAAAAGGAGGCUCCUCAUGGUCAACAACAACAAAAGCUGUUUUGUCCAAAUCUGCUGUUUUCCUGGUGAUCAUCAUGAUCCUCGCUGUCAUCCUCUGGAUCAGAAGAAAAAGGUCCUCACAAAGCAGCCGGCCUGCAGAGAGACCAGAGAACACUGAGAUCCCAACAGCAGAGCUUUGCUAUGCCAGCGUGAACUUCUCCAGAAACCAGGAGGAUCUUCUCUACUCUAACAUCAGGCCAGAUCGCCCCCCCAGACGCACGGAGGAAGUGGAGGAAGUUCUGUACUCAAGUGUCAACUUUAAGAGUUCUGGUGCUGCCAGUCAGUGUGAAGGAGCUGUGGAUGAUUCUUCUGCUCUGUACAGCACCGUCAGCAAAGCACCAAGAGAAUGAAGCCACACGGACAUGUGGUGUGUUACUUUACAGAGUUUAAGCAGCUUAAACACACCUGCAUGAAUAUGAGGUUUGACAUGUUGUAUAUUCACCAUCGUUAAGGCUUCCAUCAGAGAACUAUCAGUGAGCCAAUGGGAGGCCAGCUUGCAGUCUGGAAUCAGCCUUUAAAUGUUACUACCUGUUCUAUACAAGCAUCUUCAAGUGCAUUUAUCUGUAAAUAGUCUUUACCAAUGUUGCCAAUAUGCUUCUAUUGAUCAUCAUUUAUACUGAAGUUGCAUCACAAGUUAUUGUUUUGUAUGAGACUGAAUUCAACUUUCAGGGCCUUAAUAUUACAUCAAAAAGUUCAAUGUUUCCCUUUAAGAGCAGAAAGGUUGGCGGUUCGAAACCCGGCUGCUCCAUGUGACAUGUGACAUGUCAAAGUGUCCCUGAGCAAGACACUGACCCCCUAAUUGCCCCCCAGGCAAAAAUGUAACGUAUGGGUUAUAAUGCAAUCUAAGUUACCUUGGAUAAAAUCAUCAGCUAAAUUACCUGUGAUGUAAUGUUACUUAUAUAUAAAUAUAUAGCGGGGGCCUGAGGGAUGAACAGCCCCCCCCCAUAAGAGACCUGAACCCCCCGUGAGCACCACAAAGGUGUGGUUUUGGUU